AUGCAUAAUAAAAAGGGAGUUUCAAAAUAUGGGGAUAAAAAAACGACAUCAAAUAUGGCUAAAGAAAAAGUAAAUAAUGAUGGAAAAAAUAAAAAAACAGAUGAUAAUUUAAAUAAUGUUGUAAAUACUAGCGAAAGAAGAAUAUUAUUUUAUAAAACUAAAAUAUGCCCAUGGUAUAUUAAAGGAAAAUGUGAAAGAAGAAAAACAUGUUUAUAUGCACAUGCUCAAAAUGAAUUAAGAGAGUUACCAAAUUUAUGUAAAACUAGUUUAUGUCCUAAAUUAAAAAUAAAUGAAACAUGUAAUGAUAAAAAAUGUAAAUAUGCACAUACAAAUAUUGAAUUAAGAGCCACUGAAAAUUUAUAUAAAACUGCUUUAUGUGAAAGUUUUAGUAAAGGAAAGUGUUUUUCGGGUCAGUUUUGUAGAUAUGCUCAUGGCCAAAAUGAAUUAAGGGAAAACCCAAUGGAAAUAACAGAUAAGAAUAUAAUUAUAGGAACUUGUAAAACAAAAAAUGAAAAUAUAAACGGAAUAAAUAAUAAUAAAUCUGAAUUUGAGAAAAAAAAAGGAGGAACAGAUAGUAGUAGUAAUGAAGAUAAUUCAAAAAGAAAUGAAGCAUAUUAUGUAUUAUCUAAAAAAAAAGAAAGAAAUGUUACAUCAAAUAAAUAUAAUAUUUUACCAAAAAGUGAUGGGAUUUCUGAUAUACGGGAUUCAGGGGAUAUUCAUAUUUUUAAUGAUACAAAUGGAGGUGAAAAUAUUUAUGAAUUUAAAAAUAAAUUAAUAAAGCAAAACAUAAAGAAUGUAAAUAAAAAUUCUCAAAAUAAUAAUGGUAAAAUUAAUGGAAACAAUAGUAUGAAUGGAAAUGAUAAUAAUAAAAGGGUAACAAAAAAAAUGACAAAACAAGCAAAUAAGACAAUGAAUAAACAAAUUGAUACCACAAUUGAAAACCAAGGAACUAGCCAAGUUGGUAAACGAAUUGAAGAAAUAAUUGAUUAUGGAAAUAAACAAUAUAUUUCUAAAAACACAAAAUAUAAUACCUCUAAUGUUAAUCACAAAAAUGUACAUAAAACAUUAAAUAAUUUGAUAGGCCCAUUGGCAAACUAUUUAAAACAUGAAGAAAGUUCAAAAUUUAAUGAAGAGCAAUUUCUAAAUGAUAAUUUAAAUGUAUUGUCAUUUUUAGAUGACAAUAAUAAUUCUAUAGAAAAAUUUCGAAAAAAUUAUUCUAGUGUAAUUUCGGAUAAAGUUGUAAAUAAUGAAAACAAAAGUUGUUAUGAAAAUUAUAACAAAAAUAAAGGUGUUAUAGAUAAUCAAAACAUUUUAAUAUGUGAUAAAGAAAAUAAAAAUAAUCCAAUUAUGAAUAAUGUAUCGAAUAAUAAUAAUAAUACUACUACUAAUAAUAAUAAUUUUCCUUCAUCACUUUUAAAAUUUAAUAUUCAAAAUUUAGAAGAAGAAAAUGAAAUAAGUAAUUUAGUAGAUGUUCAUAAUAAUGAUAAUGUGGAAAUAAAUAAUAAAAUUGGUAACAUUAACUAUUAUAAAUAUGAAGGAAUGGAAAACAUGGAUAUAGUUAACUUUAAUAGCUUUGAAUUUGAAAAUAACAACAAUAGAGUUAUGGAUAAUGAAAGUAGCAACAUUGAAAUGAGUAUACAAGAACAUAAUAUUUUAAGUAAAAAUUUAAGAAAUGUUGAAUUUAAAAAUAAUGAAACAGAGAAUAAUUUUUAUAUAAAUAGGAGAAAUGAAAUGGAUAUUAGAAUGUACCAAAGAAAUAAUAUUAUGAAUAAUAUGAAUUAUAUUUAUGAUAAUAAUUUAGUUUGGAAUGGAAAUAAUGAAAAAUGUGAGAAUUAUUGGGGUAAUGGGAAUACAGAAAAAUGUGAAAGUUGGGAUAAUUAUUUAGGAUUUGAAAAAGAAAAAACAUUUAAUUCUGAAAAAGAUUAUUUUAAAAUUUUUAAUUAUGGAAUGUGUAAUAAUAUUGGCAAUAAAUUUAAUUAUUGUGAUCCGCAUAAAAACCAAAUAAACAAAUAUGAUAAUUCUCUAUUUAUAUUAUAG